CGGCGGCCCAGGCCCUCGUUCGGGCCCUCGCGGCGGGGGGGAACGCUGGGACGGGGCGCCGGCCUCCGGACCGGGGUCGCCGGCAGCCCGAGGCCCGCCUUCCAGCCGGGCCGGCCUCUCGGCCCCCGCGGGCCCGCGCGCCAUGGGCGAGGUGGAGAUCUCGGCCCGGGCCUACGCGAAGAUGAGCCUGCACGCCGCCCGCUACCCGCACGCCGCGGUCAACGGGCUGCUGCUGGCGCCGGCGCCGCGGGCCCGGGAGUGCCUGUGCCUCACCGACUGCGUGCCCCUCUUCCACGGCCAGCUGGCCUUGUCCGUCAUGCUGGAGGUCGCCCUCCACCAGGUGGAUGUGUGGGGCGCGCAGGCCGGCCUGGUGGUGGCGGGGUACUAUCACGCCAAUGCAGCCCUGGGUGACCGGAGCCCUGGGUCUCUGGCCUUGAAAAUCGCUGGGCGAAUUGCAGAAUUCUUCCCUGAUGCAGUACUUAUUAUGUUGGAUAAUAAGAAGAUGGUGCCUCAGCCUCGCGUGCCUCCAGUCAUUGUCCUGGAGAGCCAAGGUCUCCACUGGGUCCCCAAGGACAAGAACUUAGUAAUGUGGAGGGACUGGGAAGAGUCCCGGCGGAUGGUGGGAGCGCUGCUGGAGCGCCGGGCACACCAGCACCUUGUGGACUUUGACUGCCACCUUGAUGACAUCCGGCAGGAUUGGACGAACCAGAAACUCAACGCCCAGAUCACCCAGUGGGGGGGCCCCACCCCCGGAGAUGCCUGAGGCAGGGCUGGGAAGGCUGAGUCCAAUAAAGAGAGAGGGGCUGGUGGGCGA